AUGAAGCUUCUGGUAUUAACACUGGUGGCUGCCGCAUCCGCCGCCCCACAGGGUUACAACCUACCCACUCCUUCUGGCCCAUCAUUUAACGCCGGGGGUUGUGGCAGUGGACAAGUGCAACACGUGGAUGGCAGCUGCGUCACACCUCAAGUGAACAACCGUGUGUUCUUGUAUGAUGUUCCCCCAAAUCAGGCUUCUUCCGGUCAAGCACCAUACAUUCCCAAACCUAAACUGGAGCGAAAUAUUGUUUUCGUGAGACUUCCUGAUGGUGCUCAAGGACCAGAACCAAUCGUGGUUCCUCCUCCCAGGCAGCAACACGUCUUGUUCGUGCUUAACAAGCAGUCGGAACAAGGUCAACAAGUGAUUGAGGUACCAGCACCACCACCAGCCAAUCCCGAAGUGUUCUUCGUGAACUAUGCAGAAGGAGAGAACCCAACUCUUCCUGGUGGAGUAGACCUCCAAACGGCGCUUGGUGCUGCUUCUCAGGGUAGCGGUCAAGUUGUGGGAGGUGGUGGCGGUGGAGGAAUUGGAGGUGGCUUUGGAGGCGGCAUCGGAGGUGGAAGCGGAGGUGGUUUUGGAGGCGGAUUCGGAGAGGCUGGCUUUGGAGGCGGAAGUGGAGGUGGCUUUGGAGGCGGAAGUGGAGGUGGCUUUGGAGGAGGAAGUGGAGAUCUUAUACUAAAUGUAGGAACCUCACAAAAUAAGUAA